CGGCGGUAGUCAAACAUCGUGGGUUUGUGUUUCCCGUCCGGAAGCUUUUGAGGGUCGGACUCAGCCGGGCCAAGAGCGGAAAGUAAUUGAUGUGGGGACUUGGAUGGGAGGAAAAAGGGAGUCAUACCGAAGAGAGAAGCGGCGCCUCCAUUCUGAGCCCUGUGGUGUUGCUUUGUGAGGCAGAGCCUAACAUUAGAGGGCAGAAAAGGUGAAGAAUUGACUCUUGCUCUCAUUCUCUGCCUCCUUCCUGAGGAGUUUACCAGAGAGGUGCCCACUCAGAGAGCCUUUCAGAGGACAGCAUUGACACUGACACCUCCUCUGGUCAGAAUUGGGCCUCUUCUGUGGGCCUGUAAGGCAUUCCUGUGUGUCAGGCCUUGGGGAGGGCUCUCCUCGCCUUCCCAGGACGACGGCCUUGGACUACGUCUGUGAUAUGUCCCCCAUCACUUCCUGCAAGGACAGCAGCCGCCAACGCCGGCCUGGCAACUACCAGAGCUCCCUAGACGUCUUGAAGAACGACACUUCGGGCCUGGAUUUCUAUGAAGACGGCCCUGCUGAGGCGGGUGCCGGCGGAGACCGUGAGGCCCUGCUUGGAGAACCCAAUGCCAGCCCUCUUGGGCACCCUCAAGGCUACCGAGCAGAGCUGGGCAGCAUCCUACUCCUCCUUUUCCUCUAUGUCUUGCAAGGCAUUCCUUUGGGACUUGCGGGCAGCAUCCCGCUCAUCCUGCAGAGCAAGAAUGUGAGCUAUAAGGACCAGGCUUUCUUUAGCUUUGUCUUCUGGCCCUUCAGCUUGAAGCUCCUCUGGGCCCCCUUGGUGGAUGCCGUCUACUUCAAGAGCUUCGGCCGCCGCAAGUCCUGGCUGGUGCCUACUCAAUACACCUUGGGCCUCUUCAUGAUGUACCUUUCCAUGCAGGUGGACUCUCUGCUUGGGGGAGCAGAUGGCAAGAGCCCCGACGUGCUGGCCCUUACUGUCACCUUCUUCUUGUUUGAGUUUCUGGCAGCCACUCAGGAUAUUGCAGUGGACGGCUGGGCGUUGACUAUGUUGUCUCGAGAGAAUGUGGGCUAUGCGUCCACUUGCAACUCUGUGGGCCAGACGGCUGGCUACUUCCUGGGGAAUGUCUUGUUCUUAGCGCUUGAAUCAGCUUCUUUUUGCAACAAGUAUUUGCGGUUUCAGCCUCAACCCCAAGGAAUUGUUACACUUUCAGAUUUCCUCUUUUAUUGGGGUGCUGUUUUCUUAAUAACUACCACCUUGGUAGCACUCUUGAAAAAAGAAGAUAAGAGAAUUUCUCAUUCAAGAGAAGAAACAAAAGGCAUCAUGGAUACAUACAAGCUGCUUUUCUCAAUAGUUAGAAUGCCUGCAGUCCUAAUGUUCUGUGCCAUGAUUUUAACUGCAAAGGUUGGAUUCUCAGCAGCAGAUGCAGUAACAGGACUCAAACUGGUAGAAGAAGGAGUACCUAAAGAACAUUUAGCUCUACUUGCUGUUCCAAUGGUUCCACUGCAAAUUAUAUUGCCUGUGAUUAUCAGCAAAUAUACAGCAGGUCCACAGCCUCUGAAUACAUUUUACAAAGCUAUGCCAUUUAGAUUACUGUUUGGAUUGGAAUUUGCCUUCUUGGUGUGGUGGACUCCUAAAGUUAAAUAUGAAGGAGGCUUUCCGAUCUAUUACUACAUUGUAUUGUUGCUGAGUUAUGCCUUACACCAGGUCACGGUGUACAGUAUGUAUGUUGCAAUCAUGGCUUUCAAUGCCAAAGUUAGUGACCCGCUUAUUGGGGGGACAUAUAUGACACUACUUAACACAGUGUCAAAUCUGGGAGGAAAUUGGCCUGCCACUGUAGCCCUUUGGCUUGUGGAUCCACUUACAGCAAAAGAGUGCAUUGGAGUUCAAGGACACAGUUGUGCCACUGCAGCUGCUACAGAACUUUGUACCAAAGAGGGUGGAUCCUGUGUUAUUACACUGGACGGUUAUUAUGUCGAGUCUCUGGUAUGCGUUGCUUUGGGAUUUGCUUGGUGGCUGUUUCUUGGACCUAGAUUCAAAAAGCUCCAGGAUGAAAGAGCAUCUUCAUGGAAAUGCAGGAGAACAAGUUAAUGGAAACAGAAGACCAGAAAGAAUGAGAAAAAUAUUAUAUAUGGGGAUAAAAUAAUACAUAUUGGAAAAUGGUUAGUUUAGUCAUGCCAAAUGACUUUACGAAGAAAGUAAACCCUGGAAAGAAGUAUAUGGGUCAGUAAUAAAAUUUGUCCUCACCAUCCAGAAUUCAUCUUAAGAUUUCAAAGAAGUAAUCAAAAUCUCCAGAGAUUUUUAAAACUUCCAUUGACUGUUUGCUGCCUUCUGGUUGAUUUAUUUAACAUUACCUCAGAACAAAAAAACACCUGGAUAGGGUACAUCAAAAUUUUGAUUUAAUAUAAACAUUGAAUGUAUAUAGUAAAAAGUUAUAAAAGAGAGAAAUAUUUUUCUUUUAAUUUUUUAUAAUUUAGGUCAUGAUUAUACUUUGUAGGAGAAAACACCUAGCAAAACUUCUCUUACAUGUAUUUUUCUGGCUGCUAUAAGCUUUAAAGAUUUAUAAGAGAAAUAUUUUUAUAAAUAGCUUUUUAAAAAACAAAGCAUACACACUUUACUUCAAAGGCACUUUGAUUUGCAAAUAAUUUUCUUUACUAUAGCAUAAGUAUGAAGAUGUGUUAAUAAGCUCAUGGGAUGCUAAGUUGUCAUGAGCAAGCAGCAAAGAGGCCAGAAGGCAUUGGAACCAGUACUGAGGACAAAGCUUUCAAAAGAGGAACAAGAAUGAUAGCAGUAAAUUCAGUUUCAGUGUAAAAAAACCCAAAUAUAUGGAUUUUUAAGAAAUGAAUACACUUUGCUAGUGUAUGAAACACAAAAGAAGCAGGAAAAAGAGAUUGUGUUUUUUUGUUGUGAAAAAGCUGGUCAAUGAUACUUGAGAGCAGGCAUGAGAUUUUGAUGUACAUCAUUCAACUGUUCCCACAGAUGCUACAAAUCUGUAGCAGAUAAAGUAGUUCGUUAUAAUUAUCCUUGUUAAGAGGGAAUCUUUGCUUUAGUGCCUUAAUGAUGUACCGUAAAGGGGCACUGUAUGGAUGUAUUUUUUACAUCUUUCACAUACUUUCAAAAGGUGUGACAGCCUAAUGUCAUACUUCUGAUGCUGGUAUGAAAUGCUGAAAUAUUAAUAUCAAUUUUUGUCUCUGUUUUAUUGGUUAUUUCAAGAAGUCACUUCUUUCUGAAAUGUAUAUUGAUUUUUGAUUCCAAGUGAAUCUGUAGGAUUUAUAUUGCACAAGUUUUUUUUUCUUAUAAAACUCUGUUCAGAGUGUAAAUAAAUCUUAAGUCUAGGAAAAGGAAGCUAAAUAUCUUAAGCACACUUUCUUGAGGGAGUGGCUCUUGCUUCCAAGGAUCAGAUUGGGAUUCUAGUAUCAAAAAAGAGUUUUAACACUAUCAGCACAAAUUCUUUAGACUUCAUUUGUUCUGUAUUAAUCACCAUAUAAGGAACAAAAUCCAGUUAAAUGAAAUAUAGUGAAUUUGUUCUGAAUUUCAGUGGCAGCAUUGAAAGUUAUGUCCAUGGUCCAAGGCUGAUCUCUAGGAAAGGGUUAUCAUUUUGAACAGCUCCUUUAAAGUUCAAACUAUUCCCUAGAAUGCAGUGAUCAUCACUACAUUGACAUGGAAGGGGUGCAUAACCUAAGUCAUCAAUAAAUUAGUCACUAAAAGCUAGAUUUACUUCAGAAUAUUGUUGGUAAUUGCUUUAUAGAUUUCAGUGGAAGACUGCAACCUUGAAACUCUUUUAAAGCAAUUUUAAUUGAGAGACUGGUACUUCUUAUGGCUGUCCCAUAUAUAAUUUAGAGCAGUCCUGGAUUUUCCCUAUAACCUUAAAAUAGCUCCAUAUGUAAAAAGUUUCAAGGUUGUUGUUCAUCAUUAAAAUCGAUAAUCCAAUUCAUAAUAUGAUUACUUUGAUGUAAUCCAUGGACCUGAACUAUAUUAAGUGCAAGUAACGGUGUUUAAUUUGCUAGUGACUUAGCUUAUAUGUUUUUUAAGUGUAGAGAUUUGUUGCAUUGUGCCUCACAGAGUUUGAAACUUAAGUUUUCUCCCCUUGUCAUGUCAUUGUAAUAUAGCAGUGACAUAUAACUAUAAUAUACACACCUGUUUACUUGAAUGAAAAAUGCUUAGUGCUUUUGGUGUAUUCUCAUUUUUUUCAUUGUUGACAAUAAUCUGAUUUUGUUUGCCUUAUAUUUGAUCCAGAUGAGUGCAAAUAAAAUAUUAGCUUCAGUGAUAUAUGCAUAGAGUAGUUCAUUCGUGGGUAUUUGGUUUCCUUUCAACAUGUAUUUAUUAUUCUAUUUUUUGUUUUGUUUUGUCACAGCAUAAAUAAAAUACCUAGUAACAAAAAAAAAAUCAUUUCUUAUCUCUAGGUAGCAUUUGGGAUGGGAACAUUUCUAGGAAAGGGUGCUGGGUUCCUGAACAUGCACAAUCAAAUUUUCAUUUCUGUAUUACUGUUUAUACAGUGUGCCAAUAUAAAUAAAGUUUAUGCAUUUUUAAAAUCUAA